GGGCGCGCGACAGGAGCAGCGCCGCGCCCCCCGCGCGCCGAGGACCAUGCCGCCCCCGGGCCGGGCGCCGCCGCUCGGGCUCCUGCUGGCGCUGACCGCGCUCCGGUGCCCAGAGACGGAGAGCCGAGGCAUUGUGGAUAGCCUGCAGAGGUUUUCCUCGCUCCCUGCCUAUCUGCCCACAAGCUUCCACAUUGCUGAUGCAGAGGAGGCCUUCUUCCUUAAAGAAGCCAACCAGGACGUCACAAGGAACUCCAGUCUGCAGGCCCGGGUGGAGUCCUUCUUUAUCUACCGGGCCAGGAACCCCCCAACCAUCAAUGCCAGCUAUGGCCCAUUUUCAGCAGAGAAGACAAUCCCCCAGGAGUUCAUGUUGACUUCUGCAUCCUUUGGAAACAUGGAGAAGUUUCCGUUCAACUGGAAGCUGAAAUCCCACAUCCUUGACAGCUCCAUCUACUCCAACAGACCCAAAGUGCAGACCUUGUUUUACAUCACGGGGAUGGACUGGGACGACAGUGACCCUGAGGAAAACCUACCGUGCGUCAAGAUGUUUGCCUUCCCUGAGGCCAGGGAGGUGGCUGCCAGCUGUCGGCUGCGAGGGGAUCCAGGGCUGUGUGUGGCUGAGCUGGAGCUGCUGCCCGAGUGGUUCAGCUCGGGGCUGGACCUGGAGCCAGAGGAGGAGAUCCCGGCCCUGCUGGGGGGCACUGCCAUGGAGCUCUUCUUCACUCUCUACCCGGCUGACCAGGCCGGCCAGUGUCCACUGGAGGAGGAUGGCAAGUGGGAGAACAACAUCCACUCAGGCCAGGACAGCCCCCAGCAGGUGUCUCCACCCCGGGAGAGGAUUGGGAGUGUGGUAGUCUACCCAACUCAAGACGAUCUGAAGUGGUCGCUGGUGAGCCUGGAUGAGAACGUGGUCAUCUCAGUACCCCUGAACCUUGUCCGGGAAGGGGACACGGCCACCUUUCUGGUCUCUCUGGCCAGCGGCUCUAUGGCAGACCACUUCACUCUGAGAAUUAAGGCAGCAGCAGGUGUGAAAAUAUCAGCCGUGCGAGUCAGCAGCGAGCAGCAGUGGGCAGUCCAGGAAGACAUAGACGGCAGUGGCGAGCAGACGACAGCUACCCUAACCUGUGUGGGCCACCACCCCGACACGCAGAGCAGGGUAAACGGCUCCUUCUAUGAGAUCUUGCAAGUGGACUUUGGGAUUGACAACAGCAGCGGCCUGGCUGGGGCCCAGCCCAUUACCUGGCAGGUGGAAUACCCGGUGGAGGACUCCAUGAGUGAGCUGGCCGUCUCUGAGAUCUUUGUCAGCCAGACAUCCUUUGUGGGCAUCGUUCCUCUUGCAAUGGACACGGAGGUGCUGAACACAGCGGUCCUCACCGGGAAGGCCGUGUCGGUUCCUGUCAAGGUCGUGGGCAUUCAGGAGGACGGCUCCGUGGUGGACGUGUCAGAGGCUGUGGAGUGCAGGUCUGCGGACGAAGAUGUUGUGAAGGUUUCCAACCACUGCGAUUCCAUCUUUGUGAACGGGAAGGAAAUGAAGAGCAAAGUGGACACGACCGUGAACUUCACACACCAACAUUUCACCUCCCAGCUAGAGGUCACUGUCUGGGCACCCAGACUCCCCCUGCAGAUUGAGAUCUCGGACACUGAGCUGAGCCAGAUCAAGGGGUGGAGGAUCCCCGUGGCCUCCAACAGAAGGCCCACCCGAGACAGCGAGGACGAGGAGGACGAGGAGAAGAAGGGGAGGGGGUGCUCCCUGCAGUACCAGCACGCCACAGUGCGUGUCCUCACACAGUUCGUGGCCGAGGCUCCUGACUUGGGUCAGCUGAGCUACAUGCUGGGCCCCGACUGGCAGUUUGACAUCACCGACCUCGUAGCAGAUUUCAUGAAGGUGGAGGAGCCCAGGAUCGCGCAGCUGCAGGGCGGCAGGACCCUGGUGGGCCGGGAGCCGGGGAUAACCACCGUGCAGGUGCUCUCACCUCUCUCCGACUCCAUCCUGGCUGAGAAGACAGUGAUCGUCCUAGAUGACCGCGUCACCAUUGCAGACCUGGGCGUGCAGCUGGUGGCCGGCUUGUCUCUUGCCCUGAAGCCUCACAGAGCGGACAAAAGAGCCAUCGUCUCCACGGUGUCUGCCCAGGACGUUCUCACAGCCCCGCAGCAGGAAGCAAUAGUCAGUUCUUGGAUUUUAUUCAGUGAUGGUUCGGUGACACCCUUAGACAUUUAUGAUCCCAAGGAUUUUUCAGUUACUGUAUCAUCAUUGGAUGAAAUGGUGGUGUCUGUCCAGGCAAACCUUCAGUCCAGAUGGCCAGUUGUGGUCGCACAGGGUGAAGGGCAAGGGCCCUUGAUUAAAUUAGAAAUGAUGAUUAGCGAGCCCUGUCAGAAGACCAAGAGGAAGAGUGUUCUUGCCGUGGGUAAAGGAAAUGUCAAAGUCAGAUUUGAACCAAAUAUUGAUGAGCACCAAGGAGGCACCAACGAUAUUGAGGGUCUCCGUCGAGAAUACAAAGACCACCUCAGUAAUUCCAUAGAGCGUGAGGGAAACCAGGAGAGAGCAGUCCAGGAGUGGUUCCAACAUGGUGCCUCCGUUGGCCAAGAAGAACGUGGCAACAAAAGCACAACCCCACAGUCUCCCCUGGAAGGAAAAGAUAAGAAGUUGCUCAAGAGUGGCAGUCCAGACACCUUCACAAGCUUCCCCACUCCGGGGAAGUUACCGGAAGCCAACAAUCCCAGUGACCUGACCGUGACCUCAAGGGGGUUAACUGACCUGGAGAUCGGCAUGUACGCCCUGCUCUGUGUCUUCUGCCUGGCCAUUCUGGUCUUCUUAAUCAACUGUGUGGCAUUUGCUUGGAAAUACAGACACAAAAGAUUCGCCGUGAGCGAGCAAGGCAACAUCCCCCAUUCCCAUGACUGGGUCUGGCUGGGGAACGAGGUGGAACUUCUGGAGAACCCUGUGGACAUCACCCUCCCGUCGGAGGAGUGCACAACCAUGCUAGACAGAGGCCUGCAGUUCGAGGAGAGGAACUUCCUUCUCAAUGGCGGUUCCCAGAAGACUUUCCAUAGUCAGCUGCUCAGGCCCUCUGACUAUGUCUAUGAGAAAGACAUGAAAAGUGAGCCUCUAAAUCCAUCGGGCCCCAAGCGGAAGAGAGUCAAGUUCACUUCCUACACCACCAUCCUCCCGGAGGACGGCGGCCCGUACACCAACUCCAUCCUGUUCGACAGUGAGGACAACAUCAAGUGGGUCUGUCAGGACACGGGGCUGGGGGGCCCCCGGGACCUAAGAGACUAUAUGGAGAGGCUGCAAGACCACAUGUGAACUUUCUUACGUUUGUAUUCACCUUUAUGCCUUCUGUUUUUUGAACGGUGGAGCAGUGAGUUUGUUCAGCAAUAGGGGAUGAUUUAACAAAGCUUAAUUUGUGGCGGUCUGGGGGGGAUCCCUUUCUGAGCAGGUGUCAGAGGCCUGGAGGGCUAUCGCGGCCGGGCUAUAAGCCGGGAGAUGUCUCUAAAGCAGCCACAUGUAGACCCUGGAGAAAUUCUAAAAUGACAGUUGUGUCUGCUGCCUGGUACUAGCUCGGUUCAAAUACGCUAAACCUGACCCCACAGACACUGUUAGUCAUCUCGCGACAAACGGCCGUGUGGAAUUAGAAAAGGCUCGGGUGUUGGUUUUUCUAUUCCUAGAACUUUUAAAGCACAGUGGACAUUCCUUGCCCUUGGCCUGAGACUGGACGUACGUGAAAGAUGCUGAAUGUAGCCGCCCUCAUUUGUUACGAGGCUGCUCAUUAUUUUUAUACACAUUUGCACCUGCACCUGGUUCCUUUGGCCUCUGCAAUUCUUUUUUGAAACAUGAAGAAAAGCAAUCGCGGUCUCCUCUCUGAGCUGUUUGAUUUACACAUGAGUUUUAGUCACUGACAUUUGCCGCGUCCACGCAGGACGUCAGGUGUUCUCUGGUUGCCCACGUUCCUUACCUGAGGGGCAAUGUCUGAGAAGCUUAUCCUCACGCUGUCCUUCCUUCUCUUUGUUGUGGAACCUCCUUGUAUCAGCCUGGGACAUGGGAUUUUACAUAAAAUAUUAAUCUACUGCGAGGGAGGGCCAUCUUUACAGUUUUCUAUACGACGCUUACAAACUCUGGUGACCACUUGUCAACCACAUUUGUUUUUAUCUUCUGCUUGUGGAAGAUUUGUGGGGAACUCCUGGAGUGUGUUUCUAAGGGCAGAAAGACCCUGAGAUAGUCAUGUUUAUACUGGUGCUUUCUGGUCAACACAAUUUGUUAUCCAAACUGAGAUAAAAAUUUUAAAUUAAUUAUACACAGAAAGGAAAUUGUGUAGGAAAUACAGAUUACACUCCCAUUUUACCAGAGCAAAAAAAAAAAAAUUUUUUUUUUGAAAGUAAGUAAAAUGAUGUUUCAACUUAGCAAUAUGUAAAAAUCCAUCCAUAUAAUUACGUCCCCCAUCCCUCUCCCCGCCCCUGCAAAAAUCAUCCAUCCUGACUCUGGCAGAGCUAAAACCUACACAGAGUGUGCUCUGAUGGAGAAAAGAAUGGGUUUGCUUACAAGUUUCAUAAAAUAAAUGACUUUGAGGGUUUAAGAAGUAGAUAUGUAGGAAAACUAUAGCUGUCGGAAAGUCAGAGUGGCAACAGGAAAAAAAGCAUGACCCGCUGCAUAAUUUUUUAAAAAGUGUUUUCAAAGAAUAGUAGGCAUGGUUUCAAGCAAAGCAACAAUUUCAGAUUAGGGGAGAACAUAACGCCAUUUGGUUAAGAUGGGAUGACGGGGAAAACGGGCAUGGGACUAGCCUACCUAUUCCAUCUGCAUCUCUAAGACAUAGAAAUGUAAAGACCAGAGUCACGAAGACCUGCAGGACGGGCAAGGAAGUGGUUUCCUGACCCCACCCGGCUGAUGGGUGAGCUCUGAGAGGCAUUUAGUCGUGUGGCUUCCUGUGCACGGGAGCAUGACAGCUCCGCCUCCUCUGGCCACCUCCUCUGGCCACCACAGCCACGUUCUACCUGUGUCUCUUGCCGACAGGACUGCGGUGGGUUUGUAAACAGUGCAUGAAUCACCAGGGAUGGAGGCCUGAUCUCGAGAGGCCAGUGUCCAGUCAAUCUUGUGUUUAAGGUGGGAGUUUAGGGCUGCGGCCAGUGACGUUUCAAAAAUCUUUCAAUGUGAUGGAUGAAGGAAGUCAGGAGACCCGGGCGUUGGCUUCAGAGGGAGUUCGCAAAGAGAAGGCUGACGCCUGGCAGGAGGAGCGCCCCGGGGAGCCAGAGGAGACUGCGCUGCUCACCGCACCCAAGGAUUCGGUGCCAGCCAGGGAGUCUGAAGGGAAGGGCCACACAGCUAUCCAAUGAGUCCCGCUCCUUCUGCAAGAUGUUCUCAAUUUUCUCUCCCUUUGGAUCUUCAGCAUUCCGAAAUAACAGGAACUUUGUGUCUGAAACUGAGAAACCUCAGCUGGUAUAGGGGUUGAGCCCUCCCCCCCCCCCACACACACACACGUGUGUGCGCACAUGACAGGCCACCCCCACUGGCACAGUGAGGCCCUGGGGAGGGUGGGUGGUGAUCUGGGAAAGGACAAGGGACACUACCAUUGUCAUGGGGAGCGUUACUGAGAAGCUUGCAAAGCAGAGCAUUUCCUGGGGUCUGAGUGCUUGGUGCAGGCAAAGCGCAAACUUAGGGAGCGUCAGAACAGAGACCGUGCCAGUGGCUUCUCGGGAGCGGGAAACUGACCGCUGUCCUGAAGAUGCCCCCCGUGGGUGAGCCAGAGGCACCCAGACUGAUACAGACUCCGUACAGUCACCUUUGCCAGCUUCUGUUCAAACUCAGUUCAACAUGAACGUCACACGGAAGGUCAUGGGGGGAAGUCCCUUUCACCACACAGCACACACUCACAAGACGCGCACACACAUACGCAUGUGAGUGUGUAAAUAGGAGCCAGAGAGUAUGGUAUUUAGUGGGAACCAGCGCCGUGGGCUGUCCCCCACUUGGCGUGGGCACUAUUCACAGCUUACCAGGAUUUCAGUGAAGUUUUGUUCUAAAUGUGUCCCACUCACCAGCAGCCCUGGAUUAUAGCCUCCUGUUUUCCAACUAGAUCAUUUAAAAUAAACAGGAACGGUGCCCCUAAAUAUCUAAACUAAAAUGGGGCAAAGACAUAACUUAUGAAGCCUUGAAAUCCGUUCCCUGGGGGCCUGCAGGCUGUCUGGAGUUUCCAGUUUUUUACAGCUGGAAUAUCCAGUCGAUCGGGGUGAUUAAUCACCUGAACAGAAUAAUGGCAGUAAAACCCCUUCCUCUCCCCAAAAAGUGAAUGCUUAGGAUCCCUCCCCCGCCCCGCUGGCCCAGGCCAGCAUCAGCAGGCCUCCUGAGGGGGCAGCUCAGGCGCCCCCCGGGGACCAGGCCACCUAGAAUGGGGAGGGUGAGACCAGUGUUCCCAGCCGCGGCUGUGCUACCCCCCAGGCCGCACCCCAGGAUCCAGGAGCAGCUGCCACAUGACGGAAGUGGAGUUCAGAUGCUCAGUGUCCCAUCCGAGGGAGCGCAAGUAGACCCUGCCAGUCUUCCCCGAAGAACAGCACCCAGCAAGCCUCAGAAUGCUCCGUGGGUGCCAACAGAGAACGGACUGACCUCCCAGCUGGUUUGUGUUGCACCCUGGCCAGGAUCAGCUCCUAGACUUAAACUCCAGGCAGAGGGUUUCUGUGGACACGUUGACACGGAAAAACACGGAUCACUUUUUGUCCCAUUGCCACAUCCCUAGACGAGUACUUUCUACUUUGUUCACUUUUAAGUUUUAGGAAGUCUGCCUUUAUGCAUUUUGAUCCUUUACAUCCUUUCUUCACCCUUUUGGAAAGGCAUCUUCCCGGUGUUGGGGUGUUGGGACCAGUCAGGGCUCUGUGUCAGAAAAUUAACCAGCCCGUCCUCAACGACCACACAGAGCGGUUGCACCUGCUUCCUACACGUCUCUGGGACCAUCGUCUUUUCUACUCGAAUCAUCUCAAAAAUGGCUUCCAUUCUCCAUCUAGUCUCUGUAAAUGACACGACGGAUGGUUUAUAGACUCGGCAACCACCUUCUGCAUCGAAAUUCUACACGUGUGAUGUGCCGCGUAUCACCUGUGAUGUAAAGGGACAGGACGGGUGGUGGAGAGAUUAUGGGAGGGUAUGGACAACAGAUAUUUUUGUAUGUAACCCACGCAAUACCCCGAGGCGCUGAGAGUGUGCUGGAAUAAAUACAUUUUACAGUCAAAGCAUGCAACGCUGUAGCUUUUAAAUGUACAGGCCUUCCGCUCAAAGAUAUCUAAGCCCAAGGUGGGGAAAGCACCGAGCACUGGGUGAGGGCGCGGCUCGAGGCGGCAUCACUGAUGGAAUCUGCCAGAAUAUUUUGAUCUUACCCUUCAUUACUUUCGGAUUUUUUUUCCUCUUUUUUUCCCCUGGAAAUAUUUCAGAAAUAAAGUGACUACAUUUCCCAGCAUAAGGGUAUAUUCUAACCACAGGGUAACUCAUCAUUUUUAACAUGAAAAUAAACAUUUAAACAUUC